AUGCCGACUACCUGUGUUGCAUUUGGGUGCAAUGAACAAGCGAACAAAAAAUCUGAUCCAUCCAUUACAUUUCACCAGCUACCAAAGGACCCGAGCAGAAGAAAGGAAUGGCUUGCAGCUAUACGAAGAGACAACUACACCCCAGGCAAACAGGCACGGCUCUGCUCCAAGCACUUUAGACCUGAUGAUUUCGACAGGACGUCCUUGUGUUACGUGAGGCUGCGAGAUGGUGUUGUUCCCAGCAUAUUUGAGGCUUUCCCUUCACACUUACAGAAAAAAACAAGCAAAAGGAAACCUCCCAAAUCUCGCCCUCUCUGUGAUCCUGCCCCACAAGAAGCGCAAGAUAGUGGACAUUCUACUUUAGCUGUGCCGGAAAAUCCUGUGCAAACAAACUCAGAUUCGUAA